UUUCUGAAAUUGGUCGAGCCGUCGUUUUCCUCUUACCAACCUCCCCCGCGGCAAACACGUUUACACCAGCCAUUUUCUAGAAAUUUCCCGAGCGGGUCGGCCCCGUGGGUAAGAUUUCGAAGAAAGCCGCGUCGCAGAAGCAAACUCAAGGCUCAAUUGACUUGUUCCCCAAGAAUAAGCUCCCUCUUUUCAACGCAUAAAUACCAUCCCCACGCAUCAAUUCAUCCCAUAUUUCUUCUUUCAUCAAGAUUGGAGAUUGUUCCCGAACAGAUUGAGAAAACCAGAAGAUGGGGGAGAGAGGAAGCGAUCUUCUUGAUUUGGGCAGGCACUGCCAGUUCGAUGAAUGCCAUCAACUUGAUUUCCUCCCUUUCAAAUGUGAUGGAUGCAAGAAGGUUUUCUGUUUGGAGCACAGGACCUAUGGAUCCCACAAUUGCCCAAAAGCAGAGCGCAGGAGCAGAGAGGUGGUGAUAUGUGACGUGUGUUCGACAUCCAUUGAAAUAACGGAAGAGAACAAGAAAACCAUUGCUGCUAGUGGACAAAGUAAUGGCAAUCAAGAGAUGGAAGUACUGUUGAAGAUGGUGAUGGAGAAACACAAGGCUUCGGGCAGGUGUGAUCCUCGCCUGAAGCAGAAGCCCAGGUGUCCAAUAAAAGGGUGCAAGGAGAUAUUGACCUUCUCUAAUGCAAUCACUUGUAGGACAUGUGAGAAGAAGACGUGUCUGAAGCAUAGGUUUCCUGCAGACCAUGGUUGCACAUCAGGAAAACGUGUGAAUGUUACAAGAUCCAAGCUUGUGAUGCCAUCAUUUUUUUCAAAGGCGGGAAAGGAAUGUGGGAUUGAGAGCAAUAAACAUUCUAGUGCUAGAGCUUCUGCCUCUUCAUCAUCAUCUUCUUCUUCUGUAAAAGUGAAAUAGAAUAAUAGAUGAGUGGUCUGUUAACCCGCAAAAGCUCUGGUCAAAUUGCCAAGUUGAAGGUCAUCUCUUGAACCAUAAUCUAGCCUUGGCCUGAUUUUAUUGUUUUGUUUGUCGUUCAAGAUUCAGCGUUGCUUGUGGAUGCUACAAUUGCCGAUUAAGGAUCGAUUUUGCUUGUAAUACAGACUAUAUAGUUCCGAAGGAAUCUUUUACUUGGUUCUA